UUGUGGGAGCAGGUUUUAGUGCUCUUUGUCAACCCCCCCGCAGGCUGAGGCAUGACAUGGACGAGAGGCAGCUGUGGCACGGAUUCUGCUGUGUCUGCCAUGCCCGGUGCAAAAGAUGGCAGCUUAAACGGUGUUUAUUACCAGGGUGUAAGUGCCCCAUAUUUACAUUUGCCCACAUGCUUCACAUCUGUGGAGAUUCUCAGUCACCCAGGUCACGGUACACUUUCUGCCUCAACAGAAGCUGGCCGCUUCCCCAGCUGGAGCCCGGUCAGAUCAGACUCAUCGUGUACCAGGACUGUGAGAGGCGCGGCAGAAACGUCCUCUUUGACUCCAAUGCCAAGAAAAGGGGCACGGAGGAAACCCCGAUUGCCAGCACCGAUGCCCAGGUGAACAGGUUUGCCAAAUGCUGCCGUGCAACACGAGGCAGCAGCAGUUCCCUAGACAGCUCCUCUUCAUGCACUUCUGAAAGGGACUCCAAGGAGCAGGGCCACCGUUUUCAGGGUUCGAGGUGUUCGUCUGAUGUAGCGAUGCUGGGGGAGAUGAUGUUCGGCUCUGUGGCCAUGAGCUACAAAGGCUCAACUCUCAAAAUCCAUCAGAUCAGAUCGCCGCCUCAGCUAAUGCUGAGUAAGGUCUUCACCGCCAGGACAGGAGGCAGUGUGUACGGCAGUCUCAACACGUUACAGGACAGCCUAGAGUUCAUUGGACCAGAAAGCAACACCUUGAAGCCAGAUCAACACAUUGGGCCCAGCAGUCUUUUAGGGAGCAUAGGAUUUUCUCAGCUCUGCAGCCCUCGACGGGCCUUCUCUGAACAGGGCCCGCUGCGCCUCAUCAAGAGCGCAUCUUUCUUUUCAGGCCACAGUCACCCAAUGGACAUGCCUGGCCGAGGGCCACAUGACGAGAGGGACAGUGGCAUUGCCAGAUCAGCCUCCCUGAGCAGCCUGUUGAUCACUCCCUUCCCGUCCCCCGGCUCCUCGUUGACCAGCAGCUGCGCGUCCAGCUACCAGCGCCGAUGGCUCCGCAGUCAAACCACCAGCCUGGAGAACGGCGUCUUCCCUCGAUGGUCAGUGGAAGAGAGCUUCAACAUGUCCGAUGAGAGCGGAGGUCAGAGCCUUGGGGUGAUGCGGAAGAAGAAGAUUGCCAUUGGAGUCAUUUUCACGCUGUCGCCAAACCCUGAAGAAAACAGCCGCUUCCAAGAUUUCUUCUUCUCCCACUUCCCGCUGUUUGAAAGCCACAUGAACAAGCUAAAGAGUGCCAUUGAGCAGGCCAUGAAGAUAAGUCGGCGGUCAACAGAUGCCAGUCAGAAAGCUCUGGCUUACAGCCGAAUGGUCGACGGGCUCAACGAGUUCAGGAUGACCAUCUGUGACCUCUACAAAAUGCCCCGCGUGGCCGAGCCCGUCUGGUUGACCAUGAUGUCCGGAGCGUCGGAGAAGAACCAGCUCUGCGGCCACUUCAUGAGGGAGUUCGCCUUACUGAUGGACCAGGCCUCCAAAAACCAGUUCCUUCCUGCAUUAUUAACAGCCAUCCUGACCAAUCAUUUGGCCUGGGUGCCCACCGUUAUGCCCAAUGGGCAGCCUCCUAUAAAGAUCUUCCUGGAGAAGCACUCCUCCCAGAGCGUGGACAUGCUGGCAAAGACGCAUCCCUACAACCCUCUUUGGGCACAGCUUGGGGACUUAUACGGGGCCAUAGGGUCUCCGGUGCGGCUGUCAAGAACAGUGGUGGUCGGGCGCAGACAGGACCUGGUCCAGAGGCUUCUGUAUGUUCUCACAUACUUCAUCCGCUGCUCAGAGCUGCUGGAGACCCACAUGCUGGACAGCGCUGAGGACGAAGCUAUUGUAAUGCCUGGCUCGCUUAUCACCACCUCGCUUAGAAAAGGGGAGGUGGAAGAGUCCGACUACGUCCUGGUUACCGUCCAUAAACCUAGUGGGGACUACCUGUCCCAAGGGGCCCACUGCCAGCAGACUGAGGCGGAGGACAGCAGCUACCGUUCAGACAACAGCCUCCAGAGCAGCACCUACACUGACAUGGAGGUGGAGCACAGCUCCUGCGAACCACCCAAAGAAGAUGACGAGGAAGAAGGAGAGGAUGAGGUCAGCAAUGUGAGUCAAGGCUCCAGGAGUAGUGUUCUUCAGUCGCGGCCCAGUGAGGACACCAUCUCUCAGGUUAGGACUGCAGAGGUGGCAGAACAAAGGGACCCAAGCGGCGCUCCGGUGUCCGAGAUCCCGGUGGAAAUGUUGGUGCGGCUUGGCUCAGCCUCUGCCAGGAAGCAGGGCUGUGUGCUGGAGGCAGAGACCCAGGGUGACCUAGAUCUAGUCGAUUCGUCCUUACCAGAGCCUGCAUUAGGUUCGUCCGUCUCUCCUGUCACCGUAGACUGUGAACGGGCUGAGACGGAUAGCCAGGCCACCAAAAUGCAGGUUCUUUGGCCUUCGGGGAUGAACAUGGCGAAGAAGCCGCCUGAUAAGCCGUCUACUGAAGCGAUGCCAGUACCUGGAUUACCUGCAAACACUGUGACAGGACCAAUGGCUUUGGCCGAGGACGAAGAGCCAGCCACCAAAGUGACUUUCCUUAUCGGAGACUCCAUGUCUCCUGAGUCGGACACAGAGAGUCGCAGACGGAAGAUGGAGGUGGAGUAUAAAAAACACAAGCAUCUGCUGAGAGGAGCGCAUUCAAAGACCAUCAACGCCGGUGCAGCUGAGGACCAAACCAAUCAGACCAAGGCAACUCAAGCUCUGCAGCGGGUGUCCAGCAAGAUUCCCCAGUGGAGCAGCAGCUGUGCGGACUAUUGCAACGAGUACUUUAAUUCAGAGAACCCUUUGGAGGCGAGGACUAUAGACGACCAGGACACGUCUAUGGACAACAUGCACAAACAUUUACUGAAUCCUUCUGGGAUUCCUCCACAUCAUGAACUGGGGGAUCCCAGUUGUCAAAGCGCACCGAGCAGUCCGGGUUUGGACGUAUCGCUGGGCUCUGGCAGGAAGGGGGGCACAUCUUCUGUUGUUCAGAGGAGGUGCCGGUGUAGUUCUACAGACUCCUCUGACACCUGCUGCUGCAGAAGCUGUCCUGCAGAGCGGGACAAAGACCCAAGGCUGUGCGUCCUCCUCCGUCAGGACGGAAAAGACAGCAACAAGGACCAAAAGUGCCAGGCGGCCUCCAUCAACGACUGGGAAAUUCCCCGCAACGAGAGCUCAGACAGCGCGCUGGGAGACAGCGAGAGUGAGGAGACGGAGGACUGGCAGGAGGAGGUGUUGGUUCCCUUCCCCGGGGCGAAAUUAGUGGAGAACUACUCCAAGCCGACCAUUGCCAACUUUGGUCGGUCUCUCUUCGGAGGCUACUGCCCCACCUACGUUCCAGACUUUGUGCUGCAUGGGAUCCCGAGCGACGAGAAGCUACGGCAAAGCCUCAUGACCGAGUUAAACCAUGCUUUUCAGCAUCCUGUACUGGAUGAGCCUAUUGCCGAGGCCGUCUGCAUUAUCGCAGACACAGACAAGUGGACAGUCCAGGUGGCCAGCAGCCAGCGGAGAGUCACCGACGUCACCAAGCUGGGAAAAGAAGUGCUGGUGUCCAACCUGGUCUCCAACAUAUUGCAGUCCACCCAUCAGCUCUACAAGCUCAACCUGUCGCCUAAUUUUUGUAUAAUGCACCUUGAGGACCGUCUGCAGGAGCUCUAUUUUAAGAGUAAGAUGCUUGCCGAGUAUUUGAAGGGGCAGACGAGAGUCCAUGUGAAGGAGCUGGGCAUGGUGCUGGGGAUUGAGUCUAGUGACCUGCCUCUGUUGGCUGCAGUGGCCAGCACUCACUCCCCUUACGUUGCCCAGAUCUUGCUAUGAGACUUAAUGGUCCCGUGGUGCCCUCAGAAGAAGCCGUCCAUACCUGCACCGCUCACCCCCCCGCCCUGUGGCUAUGGCCAGCACAGGAGUUUUUGGCUGGACCCUCAGUGUUGCACGUCGUCGUGGACGCUGGGCUUCGCAGCAAUGUGGACGUUUGACCACACGGUGGCAGCAGAGAACGCUGAGCAGAUGACUGGAGCGUCUCUGACGUGACCUGAAUGUUUGUUUGUUUUUUUAAGCAAAACUCUCACUUUUUUUGGAAGCCAAAGCCAAAGACUAUAAAUUUAUCCAAGUGGAAUAUAAAAUUUGAAGACACCUGCGGUAUGGUUGGAAAUCAUUUUUAAGUACACAACUGCUUUCAUUUCUUGUACAAUCGUAGCCAUGGCAAUAUGAAGUAAUGGACACCAUGUUGAAACUGAACUUAAACUCAACUGGAUUUUUUGUUUUAUUUUUUUUCCUCCUAUGCCAGUUAUGCCACGUUUGUCUGAUUUCCAUGUUUUUGUUUACAACUUAGAUUUCUUUAUAUAAACAAAUUAAUGUGUUUUUUUUUUUCCAAAAUGAGAUGCCCUCUCUGACUUAGAAUACUUAUGUUCUUUAUUUCUUUUAGUCAUAUAAAUGUAAUCUACACUCAGUUUUUUUUAAGAGGAAAAAAGUAAUAUUUGAAAUUGCGAAAAGUGCUUUGAUGCUAUGAUCUAAGCUACAUCACUACCUCAGAUCUGCUUAUGGGCAGUGGCUGAUUUACAGUUGCCCCACAGAAAAAAAAACGUGAUGUAAUCUCUAUUAGAAAUUUUAAUCAAAGGAAUGUCAACUAUGGAGACUAUAUGCUGUGUUCUUUAAAAAGGGAAGGCUGUUUAGUGUCUUGAAAACUGAGGAAAUGUAUUUUUGCAUCUCAACGUGACUGAGAAGGGCCCCUUUAUACUGUGGAAAAGCUAAAAGCUCCGUUUGUCUGUGUUUUCCACCCAAAAUGCUGAAGUAUUUUCUCACUUUUCUAUAUCUGUCAACGUUUUUUAUGUUUAUGUCUUCAAUGUCUGGGACAGAAGGAAGACCAGAGGAGCACAGUUUUUUUUUUUUUUUUGUUUUUUUUUCAUGGGUGCGCAUGUACUGGUUAACACUAUUUUCAGGCUUCUUUUCAUUGCAGAAUAUCAGAAACUACAUCAGGAUUUAGUGUACGGGACGUUGGCAGAUUUGGGGGGGCUAGUAAGAUGAAAGGAUGGUUAAUUUUGCAGCUCUGCUUGCACAUAAAACCUGCUGCGGAAGAACAGAAACUUCCUAAUUCGUAACAUUUUCUGUUCCUUUUUUUAUUCUCUACAUUCAGAAACAAAAUUUUGCCGUCAUUCUAUGGGUUUAAAACAACCAUUUCGGACUUGUAAGUGGACUUGUUUUAAUGAAUCUUGAAACAAUACAGUGCUUUCUGUUGCCAUAAAAUAGCAGCUGGAAGCCUGAAAGGUGGACAGUGGUUCUUAGUUCGCUCAUCCAAGUUGCACCCUGAAUAUAAUCCAAGUCUUAAAGGAAAAAAAAGGCACGAAUGUUUCUUUUUGCUGUUAAAAGUUAAUAAAUGCUUCUGUAUAUUAAAGAUGCUUCAUUAUAUCAGCCUGCCUUUGUACAAGAUGACUAUAAUGGAUUUAUAUAUCUACUUUUCCCUCUUUGUACAUGAGUAAGUUAUUUAGUUCCUCUUAUGUGUAAUGGGUUGUGUAAACUGUACAUUCUCGUUUUUUGUUUUUUUUUUCCAUGUAUUUGUACAGAAUGUCUUUUGAAUUGUCACCUCCAAUAUUUUUUUCCCAAUUUUUCUGGGAAUGUUGUGCAAUAAAAAUGCAGAGAAUUUGA